AUCAGUGGAUUAGAGUUUUCCAUUGAAAAGUUAUCAUCUCAGCCGUUUACUUAAGAUUCAUAUAAUCUUGCCUAAUUCUUUGGCCGUAAAGCCAAGUCGGACGUGGCGAGGCAAAAAAUUAGACAGUUUUAUACGUUUUUUGUUUUCAUUUCUACUGAUAUGUUUUCCUAAGGCGCUCCUUAAUUGCGAGUAACUUUUUCACGCGUUCUUUUAAAGAUUAAUUUCAUUUGGCUUGAAUGGCGAGUUGAUUUGGCUUGUUUGUCGUUUCGCGGGGGCAGAAGGCAGUGAUAAAAGCCGGGGAUAAAAAGCUUUAGGAAAUCAAGAGAAAAUCUUAAGUGGAAAGAAGAGACCGACCAUGGCACGUUUCUUUACGCCGAUCGUUUUGCUUUUGGCCGCCGCCCUGGCCAACGAAUCUUCAAACAUGCCAGAGGAAUUUGCAGAAUUUCGGCAGGAAGUGUUGAAGAAUUUGAACAAGACAAAAGAAAUGCUGUACCGAUUGAUGAGAAUCGUCUACGAGCAGCCUGCGGAAAUGAGGAAAUUAGUGGAGGAGCAAAAAGAAGAGUUGGUCAAAUUUGCCAACGCGACCAACGACAAACUGGACCAACUGGCCAAAAAUGCUGACCAGCGCUACAAUCAGGUUUCGAAAAAAGACUCUGAAUUUGAAGAGAAGAGAAAGAACGACAGAGAAAAAGUGGACGCUUUGGCCAAUUUUACUGAACGUCACAUCAAGCAUUUUCACAUCAGAUUCUCUUCUAAGUGCAAUCUCGCUCGUUUUUCAAACCUGACGGUGCUGUCUAAUGGCAAGGUUUACUCAUUCCAUCAAACUCGUGCAAACUGGAAUUCUGCAAACGAAACUUGCAGCAAAAAGGGUCUCCAUUUGGCCACGACCAAAGACUCGAAUGACGCUCAAGUGGUCGCGGCAGAAGCAAAAAGAAUUCAUUCUAGUAAUGUUUGGUGGGUUUCGGCCAAAAACCAAGGAAGUGGAAGUGAAAAAGACUUCCGAUGGCGCGACGGGACCAAGUUGGAGUUGGAAAGUCCCUUGUGGAUGGACAGUGCGGACAAGACGAAGGACUGCAUUUAUACCCAUAAUUGGCCCAAGGGAAAAUUUUACAGCUCUAACUGCACCAAUAAUUACUAUUUCAUUUGCGAACUGCCCAGCGAAUGUUACUGAGAACCUAUUUGAAUGGUUUCAUCGAUGCAAUCCAAAAUUUUUAUGACCAACUUCAAAAAAUUUUCAAGUAUU